UCACGAGACUCAACGUGAGCGCAUCUGUUUUUGUAUAAUUCGAAUCUUUGGUUUGAAACAUGCCUCCUAAGACGAGCGGAAAAGCUGUGAAGAAGGCGGGGAAAGCCCAGAAGAAUAUCAGUAAGACUGAUAAGAAGAAGAAAAGGAAGAGGAAGGAAAGUUACGCCAUCUAUAUCUACAAGGUCUUGAAACAGGUUCAUCCUGAUACUGGAGUUUCAAGCAAAGCCAUGAGCAUCAUGAACAGUUUUGUGAAUGAUAUUUUUGAGCGUAUUGCCGCGGAGGCAUCACGCCUUGCCCAUUAUAACAAGCGAUCUACGAUCACUUCUCGCGAAAUUCAGACAGCUGUUCGACUUUUACUACCCGGUGAGCUUGCCAAGCACGCCGUAAGUGAAGGUACCAAAGCUGUCACCAAAUACACAAGCUCAAAAUAAAUCACUGGAUCGACCGGCCCUUUUUAGGGCCCCAAAUCAAUCAACUAUGUUUGGAACUCUCAUGAUAUCGAUUACUGAAUAUAUGCAUACGCUUUCAGUCCAAAGUAAUCUAUCUUACUAUUCUUUCCGAUGUGUUUAAUGUAUCAAAAUGUUUUCAUA